AUGUCCUCCCCACCUCCCAACCCUACCCAAACCACCACUCCCUCCUCCAUCCCCGACGCCUCAGACUACAACCUCACUCCCACCCUCCCCAACACCGGCCUCCGCUCCUCCCUCCCCAACUACGGAGACCCCCACUUCGCCCUCUUUCUCCGCAAAGUCUUCAUCAAAGCCGCCGGCUACUCCACCUCAUCCCUCUCCCGCCCUUUGAUCGGCAUCAUCAACACGGGUUCCGGUUUCAACCCUUGUCACGCGAAUGUGCCGCAAUUGAUUGAGGCGUGUAAACGGGGGAUUCAGUUGGCGGGUGGACUUGCGGUGGAGUUCCCGACGAUUUCGUUGCAUGAGAGUUUUGCCAAGCCGACGAGUAUGUAUUUGAGGAAUUUGAUGGCGAUGGAUACGGAGGAGAUGAUUCAGGCGCAGCCGUUGGAUGCUUGUGUGAUGAUUGGAGGCUGCGACAAGACUGUGCCGGCGCAGUUGAUGGGUAGUAUCAGUGCAAACAAGCCUGUCAUAUCGCUUUUGACAGGACCUAUGAUGCCCGGAUCGUUUCGAGGUGAACGGAUAGGUGCUUGCACUGAUUGCAGGAGUAAUUGGGCGGCGUAUCGAGCCGGAGAUCUCGACAUUGAAGACAUUGCCGAGAUCAACGACGAGCUGGCACCGACAGCAGGCACAUGCGGAGUAAUGGGCACAGCAAGCACAAUGGCCUGUAUAGUCGCAGCCCUCGGCCUAAUGCCUUUGACCGGCGCCUCCGCCCCCGCUGUCUCCUCCGCCCGUCUCCGCGUUGCCGAACAAACCGGCGCCGCCGCAGUGCUGCUAACCACAACCCACUCGCACCUCAAACCACAAACCCUCCUCACGCGAUCGUCCUUUCUCAACGCCAUCACAGUCCUCCAAGCCAUCGGCGGCUCCACCAACGCCGUAAUCCACCUCCUCGCCAUCAUAAACCGCCACCCCGACCUCGCGGGCACCAUCACCCUCCAAACCUUCGAUGACAUCGGCCGCAGCACCCCUCUCCUCGUGGAUCUGAAGCCAACUGGCGCGAAUUACAUGACUGACUUCCACAAUGCGGGAGGCAUGCUUGCUCUACUACACACACUACGUCCACUCCUCGACCUCUCCGCACUAACCAUCUUCGGCACCACGCUGGGCGAAAUGCUCGACGCCACGCCAUUCAAACCGUUCCCGUACUCCACCUCCUUGAUCCGUCCACUCUCCGAUCCUCUAUACCCCGCCUCCGCCCUCGCCGUGUUGACAGGGAAUCUAGCGCCUGGCGGAGCGGUGUUGAAAGCUUCCGCCUCAAAGGAUCGGAGACUAUUGGAAUUCGAGGGCAAAGCGGUGGUAUUUGAGGAUUCGAUGGAUUUGGCGAGGCGGAUCGACGGGGAGGAGUUGGAGGUUACGAGGGACUCGGUGUUGGUGUUGAAAGGGAUUGGACCGAUUGGCAAUCCGGGGAUGCCGGAGGCCGGGGUGAUUCCUAUUCCGAGGAAGUUGAAGCGGGUGGGGGAUAUGUUGCGGUUGUCGGAUGGACGGAUGUCGGGAACUGCUGGUGGUACGAUUGUACUGCACAUCUCGCCGGAGUCUGGGAUUGUCGACUCGCCGUUUGGGAUCCUGAGGAAUGGAGACACGAUCCGGUGUAGUCUGGAGAAGAGGCUACUUGAAGUAGACCUCACGGCGGAGGAGAUUGCAGAGAGGGUGGAAGAGAGGAAGGCGAGUUUGGAAGAUAAGGGCAAAGCGGUGAGAGGAAAGCGUAUUGUGGAAAGGCAGCGUGGAUAUCGAGGGAUGUAUGAAGCGACGGUCAAUCAGGCGGAGGAAGGAGCGGACUUUGACUUCCUCACAGCGAAGGGAGCGUUUUGA